UCUGUUUCCAUUGCGGCGUGAUAUACUGUCCUUUAAUGUACUCGCAUAAUUUCUUCAAAGCUAGAAACAUAUUUUUCUUAUUGGGAUAAUAUGUAAUUUUUUUAUUUAUAUAUCAAGAAAUGUAACGUUUCAGCGUCUUCUAGACUCCGAAUUUUUUGGGGAUUUAUUAUUCUUUCAUCUCAUAUAUAUAUCGUGUUAUCAAUAUUUUCCUUCCUCUUAUAUUUUCCUUAUUUAUCCAGAUUUGGUUAUAUAUAAUUUCUUAACAAUCAGUUGACCUUGAAAAAACUCGACUAAUUUUCUGUUAAAUAUAAACGGUUAAGAUACCAAUUGUUCAGCAGCUAUGUCCAAUGAGGAACGCUUGAAGAAACUUCUGUCAGACCUGGGAAAGGCUACACUGCGUGGAGUUCGAAAAUGUCCAAAAUGUGGAACUUACAAUGGGUCGCGUGGUCUCUGCUGUAAGAACAAAUAUUGCGACGCAGUGUUCAAGGAACCUGGCGAGAAGCGGAAAUUGUCUACAGAAGCAUGCAAGCUAAUCACAGGCUCAACGGUGCAAGUGUUCUCUGUACGAGUCAAGGACAAGGGACCUGAUUAUCGUGGCUUUGUGCAGUUGCCGUUGAUAAAUGCCACCAUUUCGAAUGAUAUUACAGCUCUUAUUUCACAGACCACUGCAUUGUGUUUUGUUGACAGCUGUGAGAGAAGUUUUCAUACCAGUGUCCUGAAAUGUCAUGAGAAAGGCUAUUCAGAUACUAUGAUCACAUGCCAACACAUUCAAACGGCAUUGAAAUGUUAUGCAGAAGCACAGCCGUUAACUUUGAAAAAUUCUAUUUUAUCGUCCUUAAAUGUAAAUAAUGAAACCAAACAAGAGAUAUGGCUAUUAGCGACGGAAACUUCUGGUCCUCUAGUACAAAGAGUCUCAAAGAAUAUAAUGGCGGUGAAGUGUAAAGCUUCUCCGAAACACCCCCUAGGCUAUCUUCACUUUUCUUUCUUCGUUAGUAAAUUAAAGGAUAGAAUAGAACAUCGUUACUUUUGUAGCUGUACUAAUUUUAAGGGUACAACAAAGAUAGGAGAUAAAGUCGAUGGCACUUCGUCAUCACAAUCGAAGCGGUGUGUGCAUUUUUACGCGUGCAUUUGUGCAUUUGCUAGCGACCCAAAGCUAUCCGAGGAGUUUAGUUAUUAUAUAAAUCUGGAUCAAACUCAAUCUAGUAUAGAAAAACCUCUAGUAUCAUCUGUACCACAAAAUGAUGACAAAAUUGUUGGACUUGAUCUCGAUAGUUUAACCACCGAUGAAACCGAUACGCAUCUAUUAAUCUUUCGUGAUGAUACUUUAACUGUACAAAGUUUGGACGGAAAUAGAUUAGACUUAGAUUCUAUAAAUUUAGAUUCGUCGAUUUUACCGCACGGUAUUGUUGAAAAUAUAGAGGUGGAAUGCGAUCGCAGUUUACUAGACGAUAACAAUAUAAUAUCACAAGUUCACAAUUUAGAAGUAAUUGAUCAAAAUGGUGUUCAAUUGGGAGGAGGAAAUGCGAUAAAAAUACUGGACGAUCAAGGGACGGUUGAUACAAAGUACAAUGUACUCAACAACAGUCAGUACAUAUUAAACGAUAAUAACAUAAAGAUAUUGGAUCCGAGUACGUUGAAGGUUCUUGACGCCAGUACCACGGUCCUGGAUAUGACCAAUGCGAAGCUCGUCGAUAAUAAUGUUGCCCUGAAUAACAGUGGUGUUAAACUAGUUGACAGAAACGCAGUGGUACAUUACAAUAACAAAAGUGUGUCAAAUACCGAGGGUAACGCGACGCAGACGACAAUUUCGACGAAACGGAAAAGAGACGAGAAGCACAUGAACAACAGUAAUUUGAAUCUGAAUUCGAUCGAGCUGAGGAAGACGAAGACAAAGUCGCAAAUUGUUAAGAAAUAUCAAAACACUUGCGACGACUUGGACGAGGCCAGUACGAAUCUGCCGUUUAUCAAGUGGCUCGCCUCGAUAACCGAGCGAAUAAAUCAGACGAUGCAUUUCCAGUUCGACGGCAAGCCCGAUCCUCUGGUGUUUCAUGUGCCGCAGAUAUUCUUCGACUGUCUACGCGAACGAAUAUCUUGCGGCGGCAAGAAGAAACGCUUGCCGAAUUCAACGACGGCGUUUGUCAGGAAAGAUGGAGUGCCGUUGGGAACGUUCACCAAAUACACAUGGCAGAUUACGAACAUCUUGCACGUGAAGAGUAUUUUCGAGACGCCCUACAUACCUUUGGAGAUCACGAGAAGUUUCGUGCAGAACGCAGAUGGAACGUAUGAAUUAUACAAACGGGAGGAAACGGAAAUAGAUCGUUUUAAAAAGACGAAUAAUAACGCGUUGAUUAAACCGCUAGAGCUGAAAACAUAUUUGAAAGUGGGAAAUACUUCUCCGAAUCAAGUCGAACCUACACCAUUCUUGAUAGAGUGGAUACCGGAUAUUUUACCGAUUUCGAAGAUCGGCGAGCUUAGAAUUAGGUUUGAAUUCGGGCAUGUAAAAAACGAAACGAGUCAUAAAUGGAGGAAAAUUGCUCUUUCUAAAAAUGAUUAGAAUUAUCAAAUCAAUUGUAAGAUCUUUUUAAAUUAUCAAGUUUUUACUUUUUUAUCAUAAAUAUUUGAGGAUUUACAAGACAAGGGACAAAUAUUACAAUAUGAGGCAUGUAAUUGAAGAAUUAUCAUCUCAUUAAGAGUUAUGAAUGCAAUAUUAUAUCAUUUAAAUAAUUUAAAUUUUCUUAACGGAAUUAAAUUUUUAAAAAAUGAUAAUACUACCGAUUAGAUAAUCGAGUCUAAGAUAAUUGUAUCUUUCUCGCAUAAAUUUUAAUUUUAAUAUGUUUUAUAUCACGAAAAAGAUUGAUGUAAUUUUCACAAACCAUUGUAGUAUAACUUAAUCUGACAAAACAUCAAUCUUGCUUUAUAAUUAAUGAGAAGUGAUAAAUGUAUUCUUUGUGUAUUGUAUUUAUUGCUGUGCAAUUUCUUUUCCUUUAAUUUAUAUCUUGUAUUCGUAACUUAAUUUAAUGAGGGAGAUAUAAAACAUAAUCAUAAAACGUGUUAGUGUUAUUAGUAAUAGCAUGAUAGCGUUUGAAAAACAUUGUAAAUAUAUAUUUUAGAUUUUAUGCUGUUAUGUAAAAAGAUGUAUAUAUUUAUAUUAUUUAAUAUUGGUUCUACGUUUUGUGAAUAUUUAAACUUGAAAAUAAAUUUAUUUAUAAAUUACGUGUAUAAA